AUGCAAUUAUGGGCUACAAUCACUCAAAGGGGAGAGAGCUGUAUUGAGCGGGAAGGCUCCCUACGUCUGAACCCUGGUGGAACCCUCGAUCCUCGAAUCCUCGACCCAAAGCCUGCUUUUACACCCUGCCCUGGCGCCAAGGCUAGGAAGCAACAAA